UGCAGCCUCAGUGAAACACACGGAAGCUAAAAACAAAGAGCAGACAGUAACGUUAGCUUUAGUUUAGUUAGACGGUAGUUUGAAGACGAGUUUGUAUUUUAGAUAAAUCGUUGGGUGUUUGUUUACGAUAAAAAUGUCUUCAGUUCAGCCUCAGAGAGAGUUUAUCAACGAGCAGCUAACUCCUGCUGAAGAAACAUUCACAGAGUUGAAAGAAAUCAACGUGAAGAUCGAGGAAGAGAUGGAGGAUCAGCGCAGACUGAUGGAUUUUAGCCGGAUACCAAAGAUCAUCUUACACCGGAUAGAUUUUCUCCAAAACUGUGUGUCUAAAGAGGAAGAGGUUCUCAAUGAUCUCCGCAACCAGGAAGAGAACUCCACUUUAGACCAAGAGGAACCAGAACCUCUGCAUAUAAAACAGGAGCAAGAGGAACCAGAACCUCUCCAGAUAAAACAGGAGCAAGAGGAACCAGAACCUCUCCAGAUAAAACAGGAGCAAGAGGAACCAGAACCUCUGCAUAUAAAACAGGAGCAAGAGGAACCAGAACCUCUGCAGAUAAAACAGGAGCAAGAGGAACCAGAACCUCUGCAGAUAAAACAGGAGCAAGAGGAACCAGAACCUCUCCAGAUAAAACAGGAGGCAGAGGAACCAGAACAUCAAGAGUUCAAAGAAGAAGAGAAUCAACUCUGCAUCAGUCAGUAUGGAGAACAGCUUGUGCUGAAACAGGAGACUGAUGACAUUUUGGUGAAUCCUUCUGAUGUGCCAAAAACAAAAAAUUCACAAAAAAUGCACAAGAAAGCUCAUCCAGAGAAAAAAAAAUAUUCUUGUAAAAUUUGUGAUAAAGCCUUUUCUCGAAACAGUUUCUUGACUGCACACUUGGUAACUCACACAGGAAAGAAGCCUUUUACAUGUUCAACCUGUGGAAAAGGUUACAAUCAGAAAAGUGGUUUAAUGUAUCACAUGAAAACUCACACAGGUGAAAAACCUUUCAAAUGUGUUACUUGUGGAAAAGGUCACCAUCAGAAAAGUGCCUUAAAGAGACACAUGAGAACUCACUCAGUUGAGAAGCCUUUCUCUUGCACAACCUGUGGAAAAGAUUUCAAUGACAAAGCAAUCUUAAAGAAUCACAUGAGAAUACACAUGGGUGAGAAGCCUUUCUCAUGUACGUCCUGUGAAAAAAGUUUUCCCAAUAAACAAAGUUUAGUUGUUCACAUGAGAAUUCACACAGGAGAGAAGCCUUUCUCGUGCAAGACAUGUGGACGAGGUUUCUCUCAAAAAGGUAAUUUAGUUAUUCACAUGAAAGGUCAUACCGGAGAGGAGCCUCUCUCAUGCACAGCUUGCGGAAAACGUUUCCUUACCAAGUCUUGUUUAAACAUUCAUAUGAGAAUUCACACAGGUGAGAAGCCUUUCCCUUGCACAACCUGUGAAAAAAGAUUUGCCUAUAAGCACACUUUAACCAUUCACAUGAGAAUUCACACAGGAGAGAAGCCUUUCUUAUGUCUAAUCUGUGGGAAAGGUUUUGCUCAAAAAGGUGGAUUAGCCACACACACCAAAGGUCACACAGGUGAGAGGCCUUUCAGCUGUAACACUUGCAGGAAAAGUUUUAGUAAAUCAACUCUUUUAGCUACUCACAUGACAACACACACGGGUGAGAAACACUUCUCGUGUGGGACCUGUGGAAAGAGUUACAGUAAAAAAAAGAAUUUAACUUAUCACAUAAGAAUUCACACAGGUGAGAGACCUUUCUCUUGUGCCACUUGUGGAAAAAGUUUCCGAGGCAAAUCUAAUUUGCGUUAUCACAUGAGGACUCACACACGUUAGAAGCCUUUCUCAUGUGUGACCUGUGGAAGGUUUCAGUCAGAAAGGCAGUUUCAUUUAUCACUAACUAAAGGCUGAUGACACUCCAGUGUCACGCAGGAUUCUUUCCACACUACUAGCUUUGUGUAACAUAAACCUCAAGCAUCAAGGUGUUCAGUACCUUUCUGUUUGGAAGAAGAGUAAUUACAAUCACAUUUUUAUAACUGUAGUUUAAAACACUUUUCUAAUAGUAGGCUUUGUUAAAAUAUGUAGGAAAAUUCUCAUUAUUCUGUUUCUUUUUCGUCAUUUAAAUUGGAGUUUCCAGGUGAAAUUUUAAUGGUGGAUUCUAGAAAAUCAAUGGGUAUAAAUGCUGUGAGUUAACUUGUAAAGGUUUUGGUGCCCUUAGCGUGACUUUAUCCUUCGUUGUAUUGACACCUUGUUUUUUUUAAUGAUUUUGGUUAAUGGAUAAAUGUUAGCUGGUAGGUUACGAUUUUCUUUUCUUAAUUUCCUGUAUCCAUUUCUGACUCAGGACAAAAAUACUGCUGAUUAUAUAAUGGCAACAACACAGAUGUAAGGGUUACUAAGUUCCGAUAUAAAUCUGUGACAUAUAUAUCACACACACACACACAUAUAUAUCCAUCCUCCCAUGGUUUUAAGAGCGAUAAGGUCUCAUAAAACCUCAUGCGCUUUUACAAGUUUUUCUUUCUUGUGUUGUUUCGGGAAUUGACAAUCUGACGGUACCAGAACAUCUAAACAGUGAUGUCCAGAUUUUAAAAUUGUUUUAAACACAAAACUGUUUUUUUAAACCUAUAUUUUCUUAAUCUGUAACAUGGUUUUAUUGUUGUGAUUUAUAUUUUUGGAUACCAGAAAAUGUAUUGAUGAUAUAGAAAAGCGAGUUCUAAAAAAACUGCUGCUGUAUAGUUCUUAAAAAUUAAAGUUAUUUUUCCAUAAUGAUAGUCUUUUUUUUUUCUCCAUUUUAGUUGUCAUGGGUUUAGUGAUGCUUCUGACCCACAUGCAGAUAAACUCAGCC